AUGACCGGUCGUCAAGGAACCCCUCGUCCAGCUACUUCAACAUUCAUUGAACUCCGUCCUCGCACUCGCCAUACGAUCUCUGUUCCGCCCCUCUCGCUAGCAAGUACUGUGUCGGAUUCUCCGAAAGCCCUUGGUGCCCCGAUCACGCCAAUUGUUACUCCUCUCGUUCCUCAUCAUGCUCAUACUUCCCAUCCCCACACUCACCCAACACCAACUCGACCACCGACUCCCGCUCAGCUUACCCCAACAAUAACCGCCCUCCGUACGAUCCAAAAGUCCUCGGAUCCCUCUUUCGUCUGUACGAUAUGCUGGUCUCCCCAAUAUUUACCUUCCACGCCACGGGUCUUGGGGCGGUCAUCUAGAAUUGUCUGUCAUCAAUGUUGGAGAGCAGUUUUGGAUUUAAGUAUAUGUUGGGUUUGUGGGGAAUGCAUUGUGAGAGGCGAUGAGGUAGUUAGUUUGGGGUGGUGUUUUUGGCAUCGAGGAUGUUUUGGGUGUUUGCUUUGCGGGGUUAGGUUAGGAGAAAGAGUUUUGAAGGAGUGUGAAAGUGAGUGUGAGAAUGGGAGGGGAAGAUAUGGGAAUAAUGGGGAGGAGGCAUGUGGAGAUCGAAGGAAAGGAACAGAGUUGGAUAAAAUUCCGCUUUGCGAGUGGUGCGAGACGGAGACGAAGAUUAAGGGGUAUGGAGAAAAGAAGGUGUUGGAGAGGGGAUUGGAAAAUGUGACGAAGUCUGAUGGUGGGUUGACGAGAUGUAGAUUGGAGAAAUUGGAUGAGGAUAAGGGGUUGGGAAGGAAUUCGAACCUGAAUUUGAAUGGCAAGAAAGAUUUCGUGGUUGGAUUAGAUGGGGAAGAAAGAGAAGAAACGGGGCCUUCUCCAACUUCGCCAUCUUCUAGUGUUUCGCCGACGAGUAUGACGGACAAAUCAUCUAAAUCAUCUACGAUGAAUGAAAGGAAGAUCAGAAAAAUCAUACGGGAUUCUUCUACUCCUCAGGAAGAAGUUGCACUCCUAAGUGACGCCGCCAAAAUGGGUGUAUCCGAAGACGGAAACCCAGACGACUCCACCCAUUCCCACAGCGAUACUGAACCCGCCCAUUUCGGCCAAGCCGACCCAUCUACUUCAUCGUCAUCAACUUCCUCUCCCCCAUCAGACAUCUACGUCUCCAUCUACGAUCCUGCUGGUCAAGCAUUCGUGCCUAGUAAGACCAAACCGCUUCCAAAAUGGAUGUCAUUGCUUCCGAAUAAUGUACAUCGCGAACGGGAAGAAACAGAAGGCGAUACUAGUCAGAAGAAAUCACAAGCAGCGGUUUCGAGAGCGAAGCUUCCAGAAGCAUAUGCGGAUGGGGCUUCAUCUAGUCAUUCGGAUGAUUGUCAGGGAGAUCAUGGCCCAUUUACGUCGUGUCCAACGGAGGAGGGCCUGACGGGGGUUUUUCCUCGGGAACAUUCAGGGCAGGUGACGCCUAAAGAACGUUCGAUCUUGAGAUAUCUGACACUCCCAGAUCGACUCUCCUUCCGAGAACGAGCCAAUUCUGCCUCUGAAAGCACAUCAGAUAGUACCCGACGUCCAUCCGCAUCAACUCUUUCAUCUCUCGCCCUUCCUAGCCCCCAUCAAAAAGCAUGCAAAACCACUCGUCCUCGCUCCGUCUCCAUCGAAGAAAAGCUUCCCCGCCCACAUCAACAUCCCGCAUCUGCCUAUCGUCGUGCAAACCGCUCCAGCACUAUUGAAUCCGCCUGUAUCAAACCUAAGGGUCUAGUCCGAAUAAUUCCACACCCCGAACACACACCGCGGGACGUUUCAGAGAGACCGCUAACCCCCUAUCCCAAAAUUGACAGUCCGGAUCCCUUCCAAACCCAGCACAUUUCCUCAUCCUCUUCUACUCCCCACCCAAACUCGAAACCCACCCUCCUACACUCCCCCCUCUCAAACUUCAUCACACCUCGAAAGGGCUCUUGCUGCGGACUCAGCACCUCUCUCGAAAGCGCAUCGGUAGGAGAAAUAAAGAGAAGAGAACGCGGAGAAUCGAGUUUUGACUCCGUGUUUGAGAGUUUCCCGCGCCCGGAAAUCGGGAAGAAUAAUAGUAAUUAUGCGUCGAGUUUAUGUCGCAGUCCGAAAUUGGGAUUUUUGGAAAAGGGGAAUGAGUAUUUGGAGUAUAUGUCGGGGGUGAUAUUGCCUGGGGGAGGGAGAGAGGGGGAUGCGGGGAAGGAGGGGGGGAAGGAGGGGAUUGUAGAGAAGAUUCGGAGACAGAGGGUUGGGACUGUGAGUCUCGGCCAAGUAGCCCAGAACGUCAAGGAAGAAAAAGAAAGAAAGCGCGCGGAAACACAGAUUCAAACGGAAUGGAACUGGCUUGAUCAUGAAUCUAAAACUCACACGCCAAAUGCAAUUGUGGAACAAGACGCGAAUGCGCAAGUGGGGAGUGGUAGAAGCUCGAGACGGAAUAGAGGGGUGAGUGAGGAUGAGGUAGGAAGGUUGUCGAGGGAUGGGAGUAGAAUGAGUGGGAGGAGGCGGAGGGGGACGAGUGGGGAGGAGAGGGGACAGGCGAGUAGGGUGGGGAGUAGGAAGGAGAGGGAGAGGGAAAGGGAAAGGGAGAAGAUAGAGAGGGAUAGGUUGGAAAAAGGAGAUAGUAAAGGGAAAGGGAAGGAGAAGCUAGUAGAGAAGGAAGAGAGUCGUAUAAAGGUUGAGGAUGAUGUUGGUGGUGGCGUCGAUGAGAGUAGGGAGCAGUUGAAGAGGGAAUUGAAGGGGCUGUUUGGUGAGGAGUGA